AUGGAACGACUAAAACAGAUGGAGGAUGACUCUAUCUACAAUAUGAGUCAGAGCAGAGGAUACCCUGUUCCCCCACCUCUGCCCAUGGCUUGCAAUGCAGAACCGUCAGAAUUGUACCAACUGGUCUCAAAGCACAGUCAUUACCCACCCAUCCUCCAGUCCAAUUCUUGGACACUUGCAGUUCCCUUUAAAGAGCAACAUUACCAUCGUACUCCCAGUGAGUCUAUUGGAAAUAACUACAGUUCCCGGGCUCAGGACUUAAAGAUUAUUAAACUCCAGCACCGACGACACUCUUUCCGCCAGACCUUGGCAAAACCUGCAGGGCCUUCAUGUGCCCCACCUGGAAAGAGACUAGCAAUAACACCAAGAAGAAGGGAUACAUCUCCUCAUGCCUCACUCUCGCCUCGGCCAAAGUCUCGAUCGAGGCACGUUCGUACUCCCCGCAGCCGGCCCAUGAGCCCUAAAGAGCAGCUGGACAUCAUGAACAGCCAAGAGGAGAAGAGGAAGGCCAUACAGACAGACCCUAAUGAGAAAGACCUGAAAAGGUAUAUGUACUACAUCACCACUGGUAUCCCGAGCUCUGUGCUGGCCCCUAUGCCACGGCAGCAGAUGAUGAGCAUCCUGCGCCUGCUGCCUCCAGAGACUGAGGAUUGCAGUAAACACCUCCAGAUUAUGAGGGCAAACUUGGAAGAAGAGGUCAAAAGAGAUUAUUACUUCAGCCUCAAGGAGAGUAUAGUGGACUACAUUUUGAUGGACCCAUCUGAGCUGCAGAGACUGUCUAUAUCCAGCAUCCCUAAGCCCUUUCCCAGGAGAGUGAUCCGUCCCCCGGUGCCCUGGGCAGCUAGCUACAAGGAAACCCACAUGUGGCAAAGCCAACAUCUGUUUACUGUCAGUCAAAUUAUGGUCCUGCUGCAGGAUGUCUGGCUUAACAGAUUCUCAUCCUUGAGAUUUGUUCGACUGGAGGACCUUUUCUCCAAAAGCCUCCCCCUCCUGCCAUCUGAGUUUGAGGAGUUUGUCCAGAGACAGUGCCAAAACACGAGAGAGGAACUGCUCCAAACUUGGCUGCCUCACUGUGCUUCACUCUUUGAGACCUUCGAGGACCUGUGGCUGCCUCUCAUACCCAAGAGUGAGGAUCUAGCUCCAUUCAGCGUGCAGCAGUUCUUCAGCUGCGUCGCUGCUCUCAUGUCCCUGCAGCUCCGAAGCUUGGUCCAAGACUCACUACAGGACCUGUUGUAUUUCUUCUCCAUUCACAAGGAGGGCAAUGACUUUGGCGAGGUGUUUGAUGAGAUGACGUACGUUCAGCGUCAGGUGCUGCUGGUUAAGCUUCAAGUGGACGAGCCUCACAUUGACUUUAGUCCGAGCUUUCAGGAAUUAUGGGAGUUCAUCAACAGAGCCUUCAUGGAAAUCAUCAAGAGUGCUGAGGAGCUCCCAAGGGUGGAAUGUUUCCUCUUCCCCGAUAUCCAGAACUUGUACCUACGCACCAUCAGUCCCGAUGAGUCCCUGGUGACAAACUUUAUCGACAAAGCCAAGGACAUUUUGCAUAAGAACACUGUGGGGCCCACAAAGUAUUUGAAUGAAUAUAAGAAAUACAGCAAUCUACUGGACCAUUCAGCAAAGCAAGAGAUAUCAGCUUUCCUCGAAGAGAAACACUCCUUAGACGGAUUUAGAACGAAAAUUGACAGCGUUAACCACUUGUGGAAGGAGAUUGCCUCGCUGCGUGUUACGGUGCCUAUGUCCAUGUUCUGUCUCGACGCUGGCAAGCUGAAUGAUGACUUGUGUGACCGUGCUGAGAAACUGAAAGACCAGAUCGUCAUGUUCGAAGUGGAGGAGAACCGAGAGCUGAACAAGGGGAUCUGUCAAAAGUACCAGGAGAUUACCGAGACCGUCAGAGGCAUCCCAGAAACUACAGAUGAGUUGGUGUCUCUCAACCAGUACAUUAAAAAGACCAGUGAUGUGACCAUUCACAAGUUGAUAGAUGAGAUUGAAGCGGCAGUAUACCGCCUCAGCUUCCUCCUGGACUAUGCCACUCUACCCUCUGGUGACUUGAGGUUGAACUCCCGUGUUUUCAAGUGGCCCAGUCAAAUCCUGACUGAGCUUGACAACAACAAGAAUCGUCUGGACUCCAUGAAACUACAGGCUGAGGACUAUCUCCAAACCAGGAUAUUAGAAUUUGCUUAUAAGCUGAAGAAUGUGGACAAAGCUAUACAGGCAUUUAAGAGGAAGGAAGUGAUGAACAUUGAGGAGAUGAAGAACAAUGUGGGAAAUCUCAAUGAAAUCACUGCAAACCUGGAGUCUGCUGUCACAGAACUAGAGGAAAUCAACAAUGAGCAGACUUUGCUGGAGAAGGAACAGCGCGAGUUCCCGCAGGUCCAAACUCUGAUAGCUGACAAACAGCCAUUUGAACAGCUCUGGACCACAGCACUAAACUUUCAGUGCAUGUCAGAAGAGUGGAUUAAUGGCCCUUUCCUGAAGCUGGAUGCUGAGAAAAUCUCCGAUGAGCUGGACAUCAUGUGGAGGACCAUGCAUAAAUUGACUAAGUCUUUGUCUAAUCUUCCCGGGCCUUGUCGGGUCGCGAAAAACUUCAAAAACAAGAUAGAUGAGUUCAAGCAGCACCUGCCCAUCCUGACGACCAUCUGUAACCCCGGCAUCAAAGAGCGCCACUGGGAGACGAUCAGCAGCAUUGUGGGCUUUGCUGUCAAACCGGACGUGAGCAGCUCACUGCUGAACAUGUUAGAGCUGGGGCUUUCCAAGUUCUCCAAAAAGUUGGAAGAGAUUGGAGCAGCAGCUAGUAAGGAGUACUCUUUGGAAAAGUCCAUGGAUAAGAUGAAAAGUGAAUGGAACGAGCUCCUGUUCUCUUUCACGCCAUACAGAGAUACAGGUACCAAUAUUGUGUCAGCAGUGGAUGAUAUCCAAAUGCUUCUUGAUGACCACGUAAUUAAGGCGCAGACUAUGAGAGGAUCACCUUUCAUUAAGCCCAUCGAAGCUGAAUGCAAGCAAUGGGAGGACAAGCUGCUGAGUAUGCAGGACAUCUUGGACUCCAUGCUGAAGUGUCAGUCCACUUGGCUCUACCUUGAACCCAUCUUCAGCUCAGAGGACAUCAUCGCCCAGAUGCCCGAGGAGGGACGCAAGUUUGCCAUUGUGGACGGCUACUGGAAGGACAUCAUCGCUGAGGCGGUUAAGGAUACUCAUGUGCUGGUGGCUACAGCUCAGCCCAACAUGCUGCAACGGCUGCAGGAAUCCAAUGUGUUUCUAGAUGACAUCCAAAAAGGCCUCAAUACCUAUCUGGAAAUGAAGAGGCUCUAUUUCCCAAGGUUCUUCUUCCUAUCUAACGACGAGCUGCUGGAGAUCCUGUCCCAGACCAAAGACCCGCUGUGUGUGCAGCCUCACCUGAAGAAGUGCUUUGAGGGCAUCGCCAAGCUGGAGUUCACUGCGGACAUGGCGAUCGUUGGCAUGAUCAGCUCUGAGAAGGAGACUGUGACCUUUACAGAAAAGAUGUACCCAGCUCAAGCCAAGGGUAUGGUAGAGAAGUGGCUCCUGCAGGUGGAGAAAUUAAUGCUCAAGAGUGUUCGACAUGUCAUCCAUCAAGGAGUGAUGCAGUAUACAGAGCUGCCCAGGAAGAAGUGGGUGUUGCAGUGGCCUGGCCAAGUUGUCAUUUGUGCCUCCUCCAUCUUUUGGACUACUGAAGUAUCUGAAGCCAUCCAGAACAACUCACUGCCUGCCUAUGUGGAGAAGUGCAACGCUCAGAUUUCUGACAUUGUGGAGCUGGUGCGUGGGAAGCUGUCAGGAGGGGCGAGGAUGACCCUUGGUGGUCUAACUGUUAUAGAUGUUCACGCUCGAGAUGUUGUGGCGAAAUUGGCAGAAGACGGCAUCUCCUCCACAAACGACUUUGCGUGGAUUUCUCAGCUGCGUUACUUCUGGGAGGAUGGAGAAGUGAUGCUGCGCAUGAUCACCACCUGUUUGAAAUAUGGAUAUGAAUAUCUGGGAAAUUCCGGCCGUCUUGUCAUUACACCGCUGACUGACCGCUGCUACAGAACUCUUAUGGGGGCUUUGAAGCUGUACUUGGGGGGGGCUCCUGAGGGUCCUGCAGGAACUGGCAAGACUGAGACCACCAAAGAUUUGGCAAAAGCUUUGGCUAAACAGUGUGUGGUGUUCAACUGCUCCGAUGGUCUGGACUACAAGGCCAUGAGUAAGUUCUUCAAAGGACUGGCUCAGUCCGGAGCCUGGGCCUGCUUUGAUGAGUUCAAUCGUAUUCCGGUGGAGGUGCUCUCUGUGGUGGCUCAGCAGAUCCUCUGCAUACAACAGGCCAUUGCCAAGGAUCUGAAGACCUUCCUGUUUGAGGGGACAGAGCUGUCCCUCAACCCUACCUGCUCUGUGUUCAUCACCAUGAACCCUGGGUACGCUGGCAGGGCCGAGCUCCCUGACAACCUAAAGGCUCUUUUCCGUACAGUGGCUAUGAUGGUGCCAGACUAUGGUCUCAUUGGAGAAAUCUCACUAUACUCUAUGGGCUUCAUUGAAUCUCGCAGUCUUGCAGGAAAGAUCGUGGCCACCUACCGCCUGUGCUCCGAGCAGCUGUCUUCUCAACACCACUACGACUACGGUAUGCGAGCUGUGAAGUCCGUGCUGACUGCAGCAGGGAAUCUGAAGCUGAAGUACCCCGAGGAGAACGAGAGCGUGCUAUUGCUCAGGGCGCUGAUGGACGUCAACAUGGCCAAGUUUCUGGCCCAGGACGUGCCACUGUUUCAGGGUAUCAUCUCUGAUUUAUUCCCUGGCGUGGUCCUUCCAAAACCAGACUAUGAUCUCCUCCUCAAGGCUCUUAACGACAACAUCGCUAAGCUCAACCUGCAGUCUGUCCCAUGGUUCAUUGGCAAAAUCAUCCAGGUGUAUGAGAUGAUGUUGGUACGCCAUGGUUUCAUGAUAGUAGGAGACCCUCUGGGAGGAAAGACUUGUGCAUAUAAAGUUCUUGCUGCUGCCCUUGGAGACCUUUUUAAAGCCCAACUGAUGGAGGAGUUUGCAGUGCAUUAUAGCAUCAUCAACCCCAAGGCCGUCACUAUGGGCCAGCUGUAUGGCUACUUUGAUCCAGUCAGUCACGAGUGGUCUGAUGGUGUGCUAGCAACCACCUACAGAGAUCAGGCCAUCUCCACCUCCGAAGAUCGACAGUGGAUCAUCUUUGAUGGGCCCAUCGAUGCUGUCUGGAUUGAGAACAUGAAUACUGUGCUGGAUGACAACAAGAAGCUUUGUUUGAUGAGUGGUGAGAUCAUCCAGAUGAGCAGCAAGAUGAGUCUGAUCUUUGAAACUGCUGACCUGGAGCAAGCCUCUCCGGCUACCGUCAGUAGGUGUGGGAUGAUCUACAUGGAGCCUCAUCAGAUGGGCUGGACUCCUCUCAGAGAUUCCUACAUGAACACACUGCCUGAGAGCCUGAGCACUGAACACAGAACACUGAUCGUGGACCUGUUUGAUUGGCUAGUUCAGCCAUGUCUGAACUUUAUAGAAAGGGAGUGUCGCUUUGUGGUUCAAACAUCUUUCAUUCACCUGGCCUACAGUCUAAUGAAGUUGUACACCUGCCUGAUGGAUGAAAUUGCUGCGUCAGGACCCGAUGGCACCCCGAUGACCAGCCAGCAGAUAACCAUGUGGCUGAUGGGUCUGUUCCUAUUCGCUCUUGUAUGGACGGUGGGUGGGACCAUCUCGGGGGACAGUCGAAACAAAUUCAGCGUCUUCUACCGCAAUCUGAUCAUGGGCCUGAACGAAAAGCACCCUAAGCCAAAGAGUAUCCCACUCAAGAAGAACGACAUCUUCCCUGAGAGAGGCACUGUCUAUGACUUCUUCUUUCAUAAGGAAGGACAAGGACAGUGGAAAACAUGGACUGAUUCAAUCACAAAGGAAGAAAACAUCAUUCCCGUUUCAGCCAAUGUGUCCGACCUCAUCAUCCCUACCAUGGAGACGGCACGUCAGCUGUUUUUCCUGCGCACCUACCUGGCACAUGAAAUACCCAUGCUGUUUGUUGGGCCCACUGGCACUGGAAAAUCUGUCAUCAACAAGAGCUUCCUGGUAAAGCUGCCCAAAGAGCAGUACACACCAAACUGUAUCAACUUCUCAGCCCGAACCUCAGCCAAUCAGACCCAAGACAUCAUCAUGGCCAAGCUGGACCGGAGAAGGAAGGGCGUGUUCGGACCUCCUGUGGGGAAGAAGUGUAUCAUCUAUGUUGAUGAUCUGAACAUGCCUACUAAAGAAAUCUACGGUGCCCAACCCCCCAUCGAGCUGUUAAGGCAGUGGGUUGACCAUCGUCACUGGUAUGACAAGAAGGACACCUCCAGGCUAAACAUAGUGGACGUGCUGUUUAUGUCUGCAAUGGGACCUCCUGGUGGUGGGAAAAAUGACAUUUCAGGCCGCCUCACCCGCCACUUGAACGUCAUCUCAAUUGAUUCCUUUGAUGAUGAAACACUGACCAAGAUCUUCACCUCCAUUACUGACUGGCACUUCAGCAAAGGCUUUGAUGCUUCUUUCUGCAGGCUAGGCAAGAUCAUGGUCCAGGCCACCAUGGCGGUCUAUAAGGACACCAUGGACAGCUUCCUCCCAACACCGUCCAAGUCCCAUUACAUCUUCAACCUGCGGGACUUUGCUCGAGUGAUACGGGGUGUGCUGCUGGCUCCACACACACACAUGCAGGAUGGAGACAAACUGAUCCGUCUUUGGAUCCAUGAAGUUUAUCGUGUUUUCUAUGACCGGCUCAUUGACAACGAAGACAAGGAGACCUUCUUUGGCAUCGUCAAAGAGAGAACAUCAAACUUUUUUAAGCUGAGUGUGGAAAAGCUCCUGAGCCAUCUUAGCCCAGAUGGCAAAGUAGCAGAUGAGAGCAUACGCAGCUUGUUCUUCGGUGACUAUGCCAAGCCUGAUGCUGACAUUAAGGCAUAUGAUGAAAUCACAGAUAUGACUGCUUUACAAGAAGUGAUGGAGUUCUACCUGGAUGAGUUCAACAACUGCAGCAAGGCACCAAUGUCCCUUGUCAUGUUCAAAUUUGCCAUUGAGCACAUUUCCCGCAUCUGCCGUGUGCUGAAACAAGACAAUGGCCACCUUCUGCUCGUGGGCAUCGGGGGCUCGGGGCGUCAGAGCACCACCAAGCUGGGCACCUUCAUCAAUGACUAUGUCCUGUUCCAGAUUGAGUUGACCAAGAACUACAGCAUGUCCGACUGGCGUGAUGACCUGAAGAAGAUUAUGCUUAAAGCAGGCAUCGAAGGAAGGAGCCUGGUGUUCCUGUUCAACGACAGCCAAAUUAAGGAUGAGGCCAUGUUAGAAGACAUUGACAUGCUGCUUAACACUGGGGAUGUGCCUAACAUGUUUGCUGCCGAUGAACGUGCUGAAAUCAUUGAUAAAGUGCAGGGAAUCGCCCGACUAGAGGGCAAAAAGAUUGAUGCCACUCCGCUCUCUAUGUACAACUUCUUCAUUGACCGUGUGAAGGCCAACCUCCACAUUGUGCUUGCUAUGAGUCCUAUUGGUGAUGCAUUUAGGAACCGUCUUAGGAUGUUCCCCUCCCUCAUCAACUGCUGCACUAUUGACUGGUUCGUCGCAUGGCCAAAUGAUGCACUAGAAAUGGUGGCCCACAAAUUCCUGGAGGAUGUAGAAAUGGACAUGGAGAUUAGACUGGAGGUGGUCGAGAUGUGCAAGACCUUCCAAACAAGUGUCGGAGAAAUGUCUGCAAGGUACUUUUCCAGACUGAGGAGACACAACUAUGUCACACCCACCUCCUACCUAGAACUCAUCCUCACCUUCAAGACUCUGCUCAAUGCCAAGAGGAAUGAAGUGAACACCGCCAUGAACCGCUACAUCGUUGGUCUCGAGAAACUGGAGUUUGCUGCGUCUCAGGUGUCAGUGAUGCAGCUGGAGCUCACAGCCCUCCAGCCAGAACUCAUCAAGACUUCAGCUGAAACCGAUCAGAUGAUGGUUAAGAUAGAGGGGGAAACCGUUGAGGUGGAUGCUAAGAAAGAACUUGUGUCCGCUGAUGAGAAAGUGGCUAACGACGCAGCAGCUGCAGCCCAAGCCAUCAAGACAGAGUGUGAGGGGGACUUGGCAGAAGCAAUGCCUGCACUUGAGGCGGCCCUGUCAGCCUUGGACACCUUGAAGCCUUCAGACAUUACUGUAAUAAAGUCUAUGCAGAACCCACCGGGUCUAGUCAAACUAGUCAUGGAGUCCAUCUGCAUCAUGAAGGGCAUCAAACCCGAGAGAAAACCAGAUCCUAGUGGCUCAGGUAAGAUGGUUGAGGACUAUUGGGGCCCCUCGAAGAAGCUCCUUGGAGACCUGAAGUUUCUGGAAAGCCUCAAAGCCUACGACAGAGACAACAUUCCCGCCCCAUACAUAAAAAAAAUCAGAGACAAGUUUGUAGACAACCCCGAGUUCCAGCCCUCUAUCAUCAAAAACGUCUCCUCGGCUUGUGAGGGUCUCUGUAAAUGGGUGAGAGCGAUGGAAGUGUAUGAGCGAGUGGCCAAACUGGUCGCCCCCAAGAAAGAGAGGCUGAAGCUGGCCGAAGACGAGCUGGCUGUGCAGAUGGAGAUGUUGUCUGUGAAAAGAGCCGAGCUGAAGAAAGUGGUGGACAGACUGCAGAGCCUUAAUGAUAAUUUGACCGCCAUGAUUAACAAGAAGCAAGACCUGGAGGAGAACAUUGAGUCGUGCUCUCAGAAGCUGAUCAGGGCGGAGAAGCUGAUUGGAGGACUGGGUGGAGAGAAGGACAGGUGGACAGAGGCUGCAAGGCUUCUAGGGAUUAGAUACAUCAACCUGACAGGUGAUGUACUCCUCUCUUCAGGAACAGUAUCUUACCUAGGUGCAUUUACAGUAGACUACCGUAUAGAGUGCCAGGAGCAGUGGCAUAUCCUGUGCCAGGAGAAGAAAAUCCCCUGCUCUGAGGACCUAACCCUUAGCAACACUCUUGGUAACCAGGUGUCUAUCAGGGCCUGGCAGAUUGCUGGACUACCAGUGGACUCCUACUCCACAGACAACGGUAUCAUCGUGUUUAACUCCCGUCGGUGGCCCCUGAUGAUUGACCCUCAAGGUCAAGCCAACAAGUGGAUCAAGAACAUGGAGAAGGCGAAUAAACUUGCCGUCAUCAAAAUGUCUGAUCCAAACUAUGUGAGAGUCUUGGAGAACUGCAUCCAGUUUGGAACCCCAGUUCUUCUGGAGAACGUGGGGGAGGAGCUUGAUCCCGUACUCGAAACUGUGUUGCUGAAGCAGACCUUCAAACAACAGGGUGUGGAGUACAUGAAGAUUGGGGAGAAUAUCGUGGAAUACUGUAAAGACUUUUUGUUCUACAUGACCACCGGACUGAGGAACCCUCACUAUCUCCCAGAGGUGGCUGUCAAAGUGUGUCUGCUCAACUUCAUGAUCACGCCACAGGGCCUACAGGACCAGCUUCUAGGGCUCGUAGCAGCCAAAGAGAAGCCUGAGCUGGAAGAGAAGAAGAACCAACUCAUUCUGGAGAGUGCUGCCAACAACAAGCAGCUGAAGGAAAUUGAGGAUAAAAUCUUACAAGUGCUCUCCUCUUCUGAGGGGAAUAUCCUGGAGGAUGAGACCGCCAUUAAGGUCCUGUCAUCCUCCAAAAUCCUCUCUGAGGAGAUAUCAGAGAAACAAAAAAUUGCCAGUGUCACAGAGAAAGAGAUCGAUGACACUCGGAUGGGUUACCGCCCCGUGGCUGAGCACUCAUCCAUUUUGUUUUUCUGUAUCUCAGAAUUGGCAAACAUCGAGCCUAUGUAUCAGUACUCCCUGAGCUGGUUCAUCAAUCUCUACCUGUACUCCAUCGCCCAGAGUUUGAUGAGCGAUGAUUUGGCUGAAAGGAUCGGCAACAUCGUGGAGCACUUCACUCUCAGCAUUUAUAAUAACGUGUGCCGCUCGCUUUUUGAGAAAGAUAAGCUGCUUUUCUCCCUGCUGCUCACUGUAGGCAUCAUGCAGGGUAAAGGCCAGGUUGACGACCAAGUCUGGCGCUUCCUCCUAACAGGGGGCAUCGCUCUAGAUAACCCGUACCCCAACCCUGCCCCAGAGUGGCUGUCUGAAAAAUCUUGGUCUGAAAUCGUCAGGGCGUCCAAACUAGCAAACCUGGAUGGUUUCUUUGAGCAUGUCCAAGACAACGUGUCGAAAUGGAAGAAGCUCUAUGAUUCAGGAAAGCCCCAUAAGGACCAGUUACCUGACCGGUGGAGCGAGCUGGUGGGGAUGGACAGAAUGGUCGUGAUCAGGUGCUUCAGGCCAGAUAAGAUGGUUCCAGCUGUGCAGGAUUUCAUUAUGGAUAACAUGGGGCAGGCUUACAUUGAACCUCCCACCUUUGACCUGGCAGGGAGUUACAAAGACUCCAACUGCUGCUCUCCUCUCAUAUUUGUGUUGUCACCAGGAUCUGAUCCAACCGCAGGUUUGCUGAAGUUUGCUGAUGACGUAGAAAUGGGGGGCAGUAAGACCCAAACCAUUUCUCUGGGUCAGGGACAAGGACCCAUUGCAGCCGUGAUGAUUCUCAAAGCCAUCAAAGCGGGCACCUGGGUGGUGCUGCAGAACUGCCACCUGGCCACCAGCUGGAUGCCCGCUCUGGAGAGGAUCUGUGAGGAAACCAUCAACCCAGAGAGCACACACCCCGACUUUAGGUUGUGGUUAACCAGUUAUCCAUCCGACAAGUUCCCAGUCAGUAUCCUGCAGAACGGGCUGAAGAUGACCAAUGAGCCUCCCAAAGGAAUAAGAGCCAACCUGCUGCGCUCCUACCUCAGUCACCCCAUCUCUGACCCCGCCUUCUUUGUCAGCUCCAAGAAGCAAGCCGUCUGGCAGAAGUUCCUGUUUGGUCUCACCUUCUUCCACGCUCUAGUGCAAGAGAGGAGGAACUUUGGACCACUAGGUUGGAAUAUUCCCUAUGAGUUUAAUGAGUCUGACCUGAGGAUCAGUAUGAGGCAGAUCCAGAUGUUCCUGGAUGAGUAUGAGGACGUUCCACUGGAGGCCCUCACAUAUCUUACAGGUGAAUGCAACUAUGGCGGCAGGGUGACAGAUGACAAAGACCGGCGUCUGCUGAUGUCGCUUCUCUCCGUCUUCUACAGUUGGGACCUGAUAGAGAAGGAGUGCUACCACAUGUGUGAGGGAGAUCUGUAUUAUGUCCCAGGCCACGGCCCAUAUCAGACAUAUGUAAACUACAUUCGCGGUCUUCCGAUUUGUGCCGAUCCUUGUGUGUUCGGCCUUCAUAGCAACGCUGACAUCACGAAGGAUAACCAGGAGACCAAUCAGCUGCUGGAUGGAGUUCUGCUGACGCUGCCCAGGCAGACAGGCGGCGGGGCCAAGUCUCCUCAGGAAGUAGUGGAUGAGCUUGCAGAAGACAUCCUCUCCAAGCUGCCAGAAGACUUUGACAUACAAAUGGUGAUCGAAAAAUACCCAGUCAUGUACGACGAGUCCAUGAAUACUGUUUUGAGGCAGGAAAUCAUCCGCUUUAACAGACUCACUCUCGUGGUGCGGGUCAGCUUGGUGAACAUCCGCAAAGCUCUGAAGGGACAGAUUGUUAUGUCUGCCGAACUGGAGAACGUCUUCAACAGUAUGAUGGUGGGCAAGCUGCCCGCUCUGUGGGCGGCCGUGUCAUACCCCUCCCUGAAACCAAUGGGGAGCUACGUGACCGAUCUGCUCACCAGGCUGCAGUUCCUACAAGAUUGGAUAGAUGACGGCCCGCCUGCAGUCUUCUGGCUCUCUGGCUUCUACUUCACCCAGUCAUUUCUAACAGGAGUGGCUCAGAAUUUUGCCAGGAAGUACACCAUCCCCAUAGACUUCAUUGGCUUCGAAUUUGAGGUUACCAAAGAGGAGAACCAUAUGGAGGAGAAGCCAGAGGACGGGGCUUAUGUUAAGGGUCUCUUCAUGGAGGGAGCGCGCUGGGACAGAGAGAAGAUGGUGAUCGGAGAGUCCCUCCCCAAGAUCCUCUUCGACUCUUUGCCCAUCAUCAAGCUCAGACCUGGAGAUAUGUCCAAGUUCCGACAUGAAGACCUCUAUGUCUGUCCUGUUUACAAAACCAGCGCUCGCAGAGGGACCCUGUCCACCUCAGGCCACUCCACCAACUACGUCAUGUCCAUCGAGCUGCCCUCUGACAAGCCUGAGAAACACUGGAUUAACCGCGGGGUGGCAUGCCUCUGUCAGCUGGACGACUAAGAAAUAAUGACUAUUAAAAAAAAUGUGUAAAUGCCAAAGAAAGCUUAUGUGUUUGUAUGCCAAAGAAACAUGU